AUGCGAAUCAAUUCGCAAGUUCUUGAGAUGCGUAGAGGGAGGGAGCACAUUUUGCGAUGCGACGUCGCAUCGCAGUUUUGUGUACGAGCCCUUAGUAUUUUGUUUAAAGGGACAAGCCCGCCACAACCUCCCAAAACCGCUGCAACUCCUGUGGCGUUGAACCGAAAACAUUUCUGCGAGUUUUUUCAUCGCCUGCCGUUCCAUACGAUCACCCACGUUAUGGUGGAAGGUGACGUCAUCAUACAGCAGAUCGCCUUCGAGGGGCCUCCACCAGCUCAACAGGAGAACGUGAAAGUUCUGUGUGUGCAACCAAUACCUGGAGGUAUGUUCCCCGGUCGCGUAAUCAAAGUGAAGGGUAGCACUCCUCCUAAAGCGAAGAGGUUCUCCAUUAACUUAAAAUGUGGUACGAAGGGGUUUCCUCGCGACGACAUCGCUUUCCACUUCAACCCUCGCUUCGAUAUGAAGCAUAUUGUUCGCAAUCACUUCGAUUCCUCGAUAGAGUCCUGGGGUGAUGAAGAAACUGGUGGAGGCUUGCCACUACAUAGUGGAGAAUGUUUCGAAGCUCUGAUUCAAUGCUACUACGACUGCUUUAAGGCAGAGGCGAAGCGCCCCGAAGCGUCAAAUUCUUCACAACUAAAGCGAAGCCGCACGAAUGCGUGCGUAUUCAAAAGUAUACGCGCGCACUCUUUGACGAGUAGUAGAGAAGUGAGGCGGAGGUCUUUGUCUAACAGUGGACGUAUUCCGACUGUUGAUGAUGAUGAUGAUGAUGAUGAUAAUGAUGAGACCGUCAAACGAGCAGACGGGCCACCUGAUGUCGAGUCAACACUGGCUUUUCAACGUGAUUUCCCACGUCCCAUUUUUUGCAAUACUAACCUCACCAACUCCCGUCAGGUGGCGCUAAACGACGCUCAUUUCUGCGAGUUCUCCCACCGUAUCCCGUACCAUAAGGUGUCACACAUCAUGAUCAAAGGUGACGUCAUUUUACAGCAGAUCACCAUCGAGGGGACGCUUCUACAGCAAGUUAAUAUGUUAAUUGUUAUGGAGUAA